AUGCCUAUAUUGGUUAUUAUACGCGAUAGUGCAAAAGCUGUUAUCACAUAUUUUACAGCAACAAGAUGUCAAGCGGGUACAGGAAGAUGCAUUGUUGAUAAGGCACACCGGAACCAAUGCCAGGCUUGCCGCUUAAAAAAGUGUCUACAAAUGGGAAUGAACAAAGACGCUGUACAAAACGAACGCCAGCCGCGUAAUACGGCGACAAUAAGGCCUGAAACUCUGCGGGAUAUGGAGCAUGGGCGAGCGUUACGAGAAGCAGCGGUGGCUGUUGGUGUGUUUGGACCUCCCAUACUUCUAUCACCAACAUGCUACGCUCCUGGCUUACUUCCAACAUCAAAAAGAAAUUAUAAAGAUAGCGAAGAUACAGCUAAGAAACCAAAAUAUAGUUACACUUAUAACAAAUCUGAAAGGUUUUGGUAA